GGAAUGUAAAAGUCUGGUGGCUGGAUUGAGGCAGCAGCUUCCCGGUUGAAUUUUGGUCUCGAAAUCACACGUGGACAACGACAAUUGCGGCGACGGUGCCAAUCGAACCGACAAUAUGUCCUAUUAUUUAAGAGAUGGCCCCCGAUCUGUAUUUUUCAAUCCACCGCCACAAGACAGUAAUACCAGGUCCGAAACGGAACCACUGCAACGCCAGACGGUGGAACCCGAGGGGUCAGGUACCUCCAACUCUUCCAGCUUGGAUAAGGGAAGAAUGUUCAAACGGCCGUUAUACGGUCCCAACACAUCUACGCUGUCUGGCAUAGGAAACAGUAAACCCGUUGCGUCUUCUCUGGGUGCAGCUUCGUUGCUGUACCCUUCGCAACCGCCUCGGAUUAUCGGAAGUACUAGUGCCAAUUUUGGAGCUCCUGGGAAUAAACUAUUCACGGAACCGGACGUGACGGCAAACAGUUUGAAGAUUGCUUUCCGGCCUUCUCCGACGAGUAGUACCGCUACGACGACGCCCAGCUCUACGGCGCCUGGUAGUGGCACCCAUCAGCCGGUGGAAACUCAAAUGCCUGCAAACAGAAACAGUGGAAGUAGUGCACUGGGCGGUAAUGCCAUUCCGAAUAGUAGUGCGAAUAAUAAUUUUGUUCAUAGUAGUACUAGUGCCGGUAACAAUGUGCAUCACAGCGGAAAUGUUGUGAACAGUUACGGUGGUGACAGUGGGGGAGGGAGAAAUGCUGCUCUGGUGACCACAGUGCCUCAGCAUGGUGCGGUGACACCGAGUAGUGACGCGGCAGGGGUGCAGUUGACCUUGUAUGGAUGGCGCAAGAAAUGCCUUUACUCAGUGAUACUGAUCCUGAUGAUUAUGAUCAUCAUCAAUCUGGCGCUGACGCUGUGGAUACUGAAAGUGAUGGAGUUUUCAUCGGACGGAAUGGGUCAGCUGAAGAUAGUUUCCGGAGGCAUUCAACUGACGGGGCAGGCAAUGGUUCUGGACAUUUUACGAGCUUCCUCGAUACGUUCCAAGCACGGGCAACCGAUUUCUAUAGAAUCUUCGCGAAACUUUAGUGUAAACACUCGUGAUUUCGAGGGAUACUUGGAAAAUCAACUUUUUUUGGGACACGAUCGGUUAGAAGUGCUGGCGAAUCACUUUCGAGUGUCGGACGCUCAUGGCACAUCCCUUUUUGCUGUCGAUCGUGAUGAAGUCUCCAUUGGAGCCAGUUCGCUCCGAGUCGAAGGAGAAGGUGGAGUCAUUUUCAAGGAUUCGAUCCAGACGCCUUUAGUACGGGCAGAGGCCGGGAAGGAUCUGAAAUUGGAAUCACCAACACGAUCCCUGGAGGUACGCGCAACUCAGGAAAUAUUCAUGCAAUCACGUGCCGGAAGCAUUGAAGCCAACUGCCUCAACGAUCUCAAGCUGCAUUCUGUGGCAGGAAGCAUCCGCCUGGAUGCCAGCUCGAUUAUCAUGCCCAAUCUUCGAACCGUUCAGGCUCCAUCAUCUUCCUCGUCUGGAUCGUCCCGAGACCAUGGCAGCAGUAGUUCAACAUCUUCUUCUUCGUCGUCUUCGUCCCACAGUAAAAUCUAUCAACUGUGUGCCUGUUCCAAUGGAAAACUAUUUCUCGCUCCGGCCCACAGCAUAUGCACGGCUGACGACAGUGCCAUCUGUAGGUAAUAUUUUUUACUCUCACUUCCCGUAGUAGCAAUUGCAUCAAAACGUCAUCAAACAAGUAGCCUAAUUAUGCAUAUAAUAAAACCAUGAACUUAGCUAGCCAUGAAAUGUGUAAAUAACUACGAACGUCCAUGGCCUACUGCGUGUUAAAAUUCGACGCAAGGAAACAUUCUUAUUUUGACACAAGUUAAAAAUCACGGACCCUUUAGAAAAAAGUAUAGCCUAAAAUUUAUAAAUUCAGGUUGAAUUCCAACAACACGAAGCAAUUGUUAUCGGAAAUUUGUUACAUUUGUUUUACGUCGGUCACUUCAAUGUGAUUUCCCUCCACCUAAACCAGAAUCAACCCCUUGUAGUUAGAUGUUUGAAUGUGGAACCAAACACAAAUCAUCACCUGAAAUGAACAAAUUCUUCAAAUUAACCUUCUAGCGAAAAAGUAAAAAGAAAACUUAUUGAAACUGCAGAGCUUAUAGUCGAUCAAAUAACCGAUGAUUCAUAAAAUACGCCAAUUGAAGAACGUUAGACCCCAAAUUAGACGCAUUAUUGUUACAUUUUGGCUCAAGAACAAAAUAAAUCAAAAACAGAAACAUUCAAACCGAUUCGUCACAUUCGUGAAUGAACAAAAAAUAGCUUGAAGCUAGUCAAUCCAGCAUGCACUAGGUGAACCGAUAGGUUUAAGGAAAUUGUGAAAC